UUUCAUGAAGAUAUUUUUCCAUUCUCAGAGGUUGUUAACGGCACUCCUUCAGCUACGGAACCUACUGCACCUAUUGUCUUUGAUACGGAUGAUGUUGCUCCAGGAAAUUCUGCCGUUGAGACACCUCAUGAUAUGGCAUCUAGCUCGGCCGUAGUGACGCCUGACAGCAUCCCCCUUGGCCGCGGCAUGUGGUCUAAGCGACCAUCAGUGUUACUUCGAGAUUAUGUUGCUCAUUUAAGCCCAUCUCCGUCCUCCCUCUCCGACAGAUCCUCAGGACAUGAACCCCGGUCCUUCAAGGAAGCUAUGACUGAUAAUGGAUGGCGUUCCGCCAUGCAAAAUGAAAUACAAGCUCUUGAAAAUAAUCAUACGUGGGACAUGGUGCCACUUCCUCAUGACAAAAAGGCCCUAGGAUGUAAAUGGGUCUACAAAAUUAAAUAUAAAUCUGAUGGGACCAUUGAGCGUCUCAAGGCACGGUUGGUUGUCUUUGGGAAUCAUCAGGAGGCAGGCAUCGAUUAUACUGAAACAUUUGCUCUCGUGGCCAAAAUGGUGACAGUACGACUACUUUUGGCUGUUGCCGCUGUUCGCAACUGGGAGUUACAUCAAAUGGACGUCCAUAAUGCCUUUCUCCAUGGUGAUCUUGCUGAGGAGGUCCACAUGCGUCCUCCACCAGGUUUUUCUUCAACUCGGCCUGGGCUGGUAUGUCGUCUGCGCAAGUCAUUAUAUGGUCUCCGUCAGGCUCCGCGUUGUUGGUUUGCUAAACUGGCCACAGCACUUAAACAGUAUGGUUUUCUACAAUCCUAUUCUGAUUAUUCCUUAUUCACUUUGCGCAAGGAGGACGUGCAGUUACAUGUGCUUAUAUACGUGGAUGAUCUGAUUAUUGCGGGCAAUAAUUCCGCAGCCUUGUCUCGAUUUAAAACUUAUUUGCACUCUUGUUUUCAUAUGAAAGAUCUCGGGGUUCUUAAAUAUUUUCUUGGCAUUGAAGUUGCACGAGGCGCUGAUGGAAUCUUCCUUUGUCAACGCAAAUAUAUAUUGGAUAUUAUAUCCGAGGCAGGUCUUCUUGGAGCUAAGCCCUCUUCCUUUCCCAUGGAACAAAAUCAUUCCUUGGCCCUUGUUACGGGUGACUUAUUGGCUGAUCCGGAAUCUUAUCGUCGUCUUGUUGGUCGUCUAAUCUAUUUAUCUUUUACUCGGCCGGAUUUGGCUUAUUCUGUACACAUUUUAUCUCAGUUCAUGCAGGCCCCGCGACGAGAACACUGGAGUGCGGCUUUACGCGUUGUCAGAUAUCUCAAAGGCUCUCCCGGACAAGGAAUUCUUUUGAGGUCGUCCUCUAAUUUGAGUCUAUCAGGCUGGUGUGAUUCUGAUUGGGCUAGCUGUCCGCUUACUAGACGUUCUUUAUCUGGAUGGUUAGUUUUCCUUGGAGGUUCUCCAGUUUCCUGGAAAACUAAGAAACAUCACACUGUGUCUCGGUCUUCCACUGAAGCUGAAUAUCGUUCCAUGGCGGCCAUUACAGCAGAAUUAAAAUGGGUAAAGAGUCUUCUUCUCACCCUCGGUGUUGCUCAUCCGAAGCCUAUUCCUUUACACUGCGACAGUCGC